UCAACAUUACGCAAUUCAGCUUUCCACACACACACACACACAAAUGAUAGUGUGAUGAAUAGCUGGUAAACAAUUUGUUUUGUGCUGAAGUGAUGUUCCAGUCGUAAUAGUGAUACUAAAUGCAAAAUUAGUAGGGCUGACGAAGAUUUAAUGUAAUGUGCAUUGUACCAUCAUAGGCGUCGGGACGACGGAAGCAAACUGGAAGAGUGUUGGAGGGCUUAUUGAAAGUGUUUGGGUUAAAACAACAAAAAAGGGAAAGAGAACCAGAGAAAUAGAUCAUGAAAAAAGAAGACGACAUAAUCAGCAUCUUUCCUUUUAUACUUUUUUUGCCAUUGCUUUCUUCUUAUCCCAUUACUCGUGAAUACCGUUUUGAUGUGUAUUCUGUCGGCAAAUGUCCAAUGAACAGAAAUUACUUCAGCUUGGCUUCAGAGAGAAGAAAAUGUCCCAAUGGAACCAGAUACCUCUGUGCUCCUAAUAAGAACCUUUCAGCUUUAAUUGAAUUCUGCACUGACGCCAUUAAGUCUCGGUUUCAAGAGGGUAACUGUGUGAGACUCGAGGGAUCAGGUGAUUUGAAUCAUUACAAAUGUAAAGAAAGUUUUUCCUUUGGCUGUCCUAACAUGUCAUAUAUCGAUGAAGAGAUUUACAAGUAUCCUGCAUGUUUACAUAUCAACAAGGAGGAUCAGUGCUUUUCUGCCGACAAACAUUGUCCAAAUUCUACAACCAAGCCUAGUUCGGUGAAUAGUACAACCUUUGUUAAUCAUGGAGAUGCAACGUACGAAAGUGUGGGAUAUAUCAUCGGUAUUUUGAUACCUGUUGCAAGUCUACUCUCAUUAAUUGCAUUUUAUUCAUGUCAAAAGUGGACUUUAGACCAUAGGAGAAAAAUAUGUGGCAUAGAAGAACUGAGACGUUUCCUCAGUAAAGAAUAUGUCAAAGUUUAUCAUGCAAGAUGUAUAAUAGUUGGCUGUGCUAAAGCCGGAAAAACAACACUUCUGAAACGUCUACAAGACAGGCCUUAUAAAGAAAUAAAAGAUAUAGAUGAAACCCAUGGUGUUGAUGUCUAUAUCAAUAGCUUUGAAGUGUUGGAAGAUACAAUAAGAGUGGUCAGAAGAGGUGAUUUUCCUGAACAUCCAAACAUCUUAAUUUCUCCGGAUGAUGUAUUAAAUAAAGAUGAUGAGGAAAAAUUUGACUCUUUAGUAGAAGAAAGAAAGCAAGAGUCGUAUACAAAGGGUGAGGAAAGUAAACCUCUGCUUGAUGUAUCCAUUAACGACACAGUACAAAAUCGUAACCAAGUGGGACAAACAUCUAAUUUAAUGGAAUGUAAAUCAAUUGAGGACGCAGAAGAAACAACUCCUAAAUGUAUAGAUUCUGGACCUUCGCCAGAAGGAUCCCCAAAAAGUAAUAGCAUUGAAGAACAAAAUGACACCGAAAUAGAAAAGUAUGCCAUGACAAAGAUUGUAGAGGCUGUUCAUCAGCUUGAGAGGGUACCUACAAGUAAACCCAGAAUAACGUUCCUUGAUUUUGCAGGACAAAAUGCAUACUAUGCUUUUCAUCAAAUCUACUUUAGUCCCAAAACCUUUUAUAUCCUUGUGGUUGAUAUGUCUAAAAAGUUUACGGAUAUAAAUCAAAUGGAUGUAAGAGGAGUUAGCAGAUUCACUUCAUGGACAUAUGGAGAUUACUACAAGUUUUGGCUGAAGUCUAUUGAUAGUUUUAGUGACACCCGCACACCAGUAAUUGUAAUAGCCACUCACGCCGAGAACAAAUCUAAACAGGAGUGUUUAAAGUUCUUCGAUGAUUUUUUGGACUUAUUUGAUGGAAGGGAUGACCUUCAGAGGCAUUUACACACAGAGAGAAUAUUUUUCAUCAAAUUUCCAAAACCUGGAUCAAAAUUGGAGGAUGUUAACGACAUAAAGAGAUGCAUUUCUACUCUUUCCAGAGCACAUUUGGAGGAAAAUGUUCGAUCAGCCUGGGCUAUAUUUGAACAAAUCGUUGAAAAAGAAAAGCAAGUAAAAAAAAUAAUGUUAAUGGGCGAUCUUUUAAAGUACAAUAAUUCUUUAAAGCCCGAGUUUCAAAUGAGUGAAGAGGAAAUUACAAAUAUGCUACUGUUUUUGAAUAGAGUAGGGGCUGUGUUGUACAUAGAUGAUGAAAACGUAAACGAUACCAUCAUUCUUGAUGUACAAUGGUUUGUGAAUGCAUUUAAAUACAUCAUCACAGAUUCAGUAAGUGUGCUUAAAGCAACAGAUAAAGAUCGUGAAAGAUUUUAUAAUACCGGUGUAUUAUACGAUGAUGAACUUGAAGAAAUAUGGAGAAAUCACUACGAAGACAAUAGCGAUUUUUUUACUCAUAAAGCAAAAAUUCUUUCCUUUAUGGAACAGCUUGGUUUACUCGCAGUUUGCUCUCCCGAACAAACCGAUAAGCCUGGAAGCGGAACUUGGUACUAUUUUCCCUGUAUGAAUAAAAGAACAUUUCAUCGGAAAGAAAUCGAAGAACAUACUAAAUCUUCGAUUUUAUGCUUUCAGUUUGACGAAAAAGAUCAACUUCCAAUUUUUAUUUUUUACAGAUUAGUUCUGAAAUGUUUCAAGCUACCAAACUGGAGAUUUGCAAUAGAGAAGGAAAAAAGGUGUUUAUACGAUAAUGUAGCAUGUUUUUGCUUCAAGGAACACGUGCUGGUAGUGUUAUGUUUAUGCAAUUUUCAAAUCCAGGUGCAAGUUUGUGUGCCAGAGGAUGGCGUCAUAAAUCCUAUAGACCUUAAAACCAUACAACAGUCCAUUGAAAUGAAGUUACAGGAGUUUAAAAAGUGUUCAUACAGAGUUGGCUACAAAUGCCGAAAUGAUUUGUUGUAUGAUGAGAGUGACAACUCUUUCAUUGAACAGGACUCUCUUCCUUUGAAGCCAACACUUUGCAGUAAAUGCAGUGUUAGAGAAAAACACAAUUUAGACGAAAGUUUAUGCUGGAUAAAAAGAGGAAAAACAAAUGAACCAGAUAAUAAACCAACCUAUUUAACGCAUGUGGAACAAAACGACGAAGGAUUUGGAUCCAUAAAAAGCAUCUGGGAUUCUUGCGUAGCAGGAAAUACAGAAAAUUUUUUCUUCAUCAUGAAAAACGAAAUUCAAGGUAGAGAACACCUGUUGAGAAAAACUGACAAAGACGAUUGGAGUGCUGUUCAUUUUGCAGCAAAAGGUGGAAAUCUUGAAAUAUUUUCAGCUCUGAUUUCCGACAAAGCUAUUCUUCUGAAAACAAAUGAACAAAUGACAGUUUUACACAUUGCAGCAAAGUACAGUAAUUAUGAUAUUUGCAAGUUCAUUUUAGAGAACGAUGAAUUCAGGGAACUAUUAAGAGAAAAGUCAUGUCUAGGAAAAAAUGCUUGUCAUUAUGCAGCAGAGGGCGGGUCUCGCAAAAUAUUAAAGUUGUUAGUGAAGAAUAAAGAACUAAAUGUAAACGAAACAACAAAUGAUGGUCAAAACAUAUUCCAUAUUGCUUGUAUUCAUGGCAAUUUAGACAUGUGUCAAUUCAUUGCAGAAAAUUAUAAUAAAUUGAUUUCUGCAGUAGACAAUGAUGCAUGGAAUGCAACGUUGUACGCUGCAAAACAAGGUCACAUACACAUUUUGAAAUUUCUUAGGGCAAACGGUGUUAGUUUCAACAAUCAGUCAAAAAGCAAGAGAAAUGCCCUUCACAUUGCAUGCGAUAAUGGACAUAAACCCGUCUGUGAAUUUAUAGUAAAAGUUUGCCCUUCAUUGCUGGAAGAGAAAGAUUAUAAAGGCAGGCAUGCGGGUCAUUUUGCUGCAAGAAGCGGCAAUGUUCCUACAAUGAAAUUCCUAAACGAUGCGAAGCUUGACGUCACAAAAAGUACAGAGACUGGGUUGAAUAUCCUUCAUUAUGCAUGCCUGUAUCGCCGAAAGGAAAUGUGUUUAUAUCUUCUGGACACUUUUCCUCACCUGAAUGUGCAAAGAACACAACACGGAUGGACCACCGCUCAUUUCGUUGCUGAAAAAAAAGUGAAUUCGGGAAAUGAAAUAGAGAUAUUUGAAAUCAUCACAAACGCCAAAGAAAACUGUAGAAUUGAAGAGGUCACACACAAAAGAAAUUCAAUUCUUACAUUGGCAAUAAAAAAUAAUUUCUAUGAAUUUUGUGAAUACCUUUUACAGACUCAUCCAGAUAUUUUAGAUAUUCCAGGGGCAAUUCAUCCAAAGGAUAUAGAAAAGAAAGACACAAAAAUGUCCAAUAUUAUUGAACGUUAUAUCAAGUUGAAAUAGGAUUUCGUUCGCCGUCGGUCAAUUCAAGUGUUACAUAAAAGUUUUAAAAUUCAGAGAAUUCAAAACUAACUAUAACAAGUAUUUCAAUGGUGCUGCCGUGGAUGCCAAAUUUAGUUAAUUGUGAACUUCUUUUAAAAUUAUAUUUUUAAGAAAUAUUUUUCUACAGCAAGCAUUUUGCUACUUCUUCGCUUCUCUACUAAUUUCAAUAAAAUAUACAAAUUGCA